CCCAACACACCCCAACGAAGGGGGUCCUUCCUUUACCGAUCCAAUAGUGAUUUCGAACUUUCUCCAAAGUCCGUCUCCAGAAAUUCUUCCGUUGCCAGCGAUCAACAUCCCGAUGACGUCAUAAUUACCCCGUUCGCUCAAAUACUAAACAGCCUUCGAAACGUGCACAACAACUUCAAAAUCAUAACAUCUUUCUAUGGAGACUCGAGUAAAAUAGACCCCUGUGGGGUAUGUGAAAGGAGAGUGAAGGCUAACUCGGUAUUGUACGACUUGUACCACAAACUGACUUCGGAGACAUUGGAGGAGUUGGAUUGGUGUUUGGAGCAGUUGGAGACCAUACAGACACACAAGUCCGUUACAGAUAUGGCCACGAGCAAGUUCAAGAGGCUGUUAAACAAAGAGCUGAGUCACUUCGCGGAGUCCAGUAAAUCCGGCAUCCAGAUAUCAGAGUACAUAUGCAACACCUUUCUUGGCAACAUAAAAAAUUUAACAACGCCGAUACUAACGCACGAACAACAAUACAAACAACAACCAAACAAAAACAACAGCACUACUACCAUCAAACAACAACAGCAAAAAUUGUUCUCCCUCACCUCACCACAGCAACUAAACACAGUGGACUCAUGGGGCAUGGAUAUAUUCAAAUUAGCUGAAUUGACCAGCAGCAGACCGCUGACUACGCUUACUAUGCACAUAUUUCAGCAGAAGCGCAACUUGCCACAAACCUUCAAGAUAAAGGAGCAGACUCUGCACAAGUAUCUGACGCUUGUUGAGAACCACUACCACAAAGACGUGCCCUACCACAACAGCCUCCAUGCCGCCGACGUCACUCAAUCCGCGCAUGCUCUUCUACUCAUACCUGCGUUUGAGAACAAGUUCACGGAACUUGAAAUUUUUGCAACGAUCUUUGGCAGUGCAAUUCACGAUGUUGAUCAUCCAGGUGUAACCAAUCAGUACCUCAUUAAUACAGGAUCUGACCUUGCCCUCAUGUACAACGACGAGUCUGUCCUCGAAAACCACCAUGUGGCCGUGGCUUUCAAGCUGCUGCAAGAGGACUCUUGUGACGUCAUCGCCACGCUGACGCCCAAGUCGAGGCAACUCUUUAGGAAAAUGAUCAUCAAUAUAGUAUUAGCCACGGACAUGAACAAACACAUGGACCAUCUGGCACAUCUGAAGACCAUGGUGGAAACUAGGAAGAUAUCCAAUAACACGACUCUCGGACUGGAAAACUACGGAGAGAGAAUCCAGAUUCUGCAAAGUUUGGUUCACUGCUCCGACCUCAGCAAUCCGACGAAAACUCUCUCCCUCUACCGAAAAUGGAACGAUUUGGUCAUGCAGGAGUUUUUCAUGCAAGGAGAUCUUGAGAGGGAGCAAGGCCUCGAAAUCAGUCCCAUGUGUGACAAGACGACCGCCACUGUUGAAAAAACCCAGGUCGGAUUCAUAGACUACAUCGUGCAUCCCCUCUGGGAGGCCUGGGCAGAACUCGUCCAACCAUACUGCCAGGGAAUACUGGAUACGCUGGAAGACAACAGGGAGUGGUUCGUUUGUUCACGUGUUUAUGUUCAUCUCCACCUGUGUUUCCAUCCAACUUUCAGUUAUUAUUGUUUCAAUAAGUGUAGGUUUAUCGUUCAAGUUUAUCAAAUUUGA